UAUGAACCUGAAACAUCACGUUCUAAGUCACUAACGUCACACAAUAAAUACACAAAGAAACUCCUUUAGUUUAGUUGUGUGAUUCUAAACUUUACAUUUAGGUGUUUUAUAGAGAAUCAUCAAGCUGAAGGUGAAUCUUUCAGCUGAAAGUAAUUAUAAAUCAGUUUUAGUAAAUGACUUUGAGUCCUGCUGAUGUGUCCAGAUGUGUACAGGUGUGAGUUCACUCAUUCACAUACGUCCACUCAUGUGGAGGACAUCACCUGACCUGUGGCCCAGUGGUAAUAUGCAACGUUUCUGGAUUAUGAUCAAUCAUUAGAAGAAAGAGUGAGCGAGUGAAUUGAAAAGCUCUCAUAAGACUCUCAUAAGGGCUGUCAAUCACCAGCACUCACAGGUGUGUUCAUCCUCGUGACGUCACAGGCCCGCAUCACUCUGCUCAGGUGUGUUCACCCUCGUGACGUCACAGUCCCGCGGCCCUCUGCUCAGGUGUGUUCGUCCUCGCGCGUCACAGGCCGACAGGUGAUUUGAAUAAUCCGUUUCCUAGUUUUUUCAUUCGACUUCUCAAACGCGUCAAACUCGGACACGCGCCGAGGACGCGAGAGACUUCGAGGCCGAGACACGAGCACGCACCUCGGGCAGCUGCACCUGAGCGGCGGGGUCUGAGAGGGAAGCCCGGACAGGUGAUGCUGCAGCGCGGGGUGACACGGGCCGUCCAUCACCGGUGAUCGUGAAGACGAGGCGCCAGCAGCAUCUUCAUCACAUCUUCGUCAUCCUGCACGUGUUCAUCUCUUCCGUCUCGUCAUGAAUCCUUACUCAAACACCAGACCACCUCCGACCUUGCCCUCUAACCCUUACGACAUUACCCACAAUGCCCCUCUGUCGGCCACCUCCCUCCCCUCCCCCUCUCUCAUCCAGACGGGUCACAGCUCCGUGUCGGUCCAUCAGGUCGAUGGUCACCAGCUGGCCCCGCCUCCCGACUCGGCCUUAGUCCUCACGCCCCGGUCCAGCCUCGCUCCAGGCCCGUCCCCCCCCCUGCCGCCCCCUCCCCCCGCCACCCCCUUCUCCUGCCAGGUCUCCGUCAUCGUCCCGUCCCCGGACCUCCGCCCGUCCCCCCCCCCGAGCCGGUGCGCCGAGGAGUGCUCCCCGGACCUGGAGUGCUCCAUCUGCUUCAGCCAGUUCAACAACGUGUUCCGCUGCCCCAAGAUGCUGCAGUGCCACCACACCUUCUGCCUGGAGUGCCUGGCGCGCAUCAACGUCAAGUCGGCCGAGCCGGACGCCAUCCAGUGCCCGCUGUGCCGCGGCCUGACGGCGCUGCCCCCCCUCGGCCUGCCGAGACUCGCCACCAACCGCGACCUGCUGUCCUACCUGCCGGCCGCCAUGCAGCGCGUCUACAGCGUCCGCUUCCUGCGCAGCAAGGGCCGGCUGCAGGUCAAAAGGUCAUCCGGGGGUCAGAUGUCGCUGACGUCUCUGAGGUCGGCCAACCACUCUCUGGACGUGGGGCUCCCCAGCCCGCCGCCGGGGGCCCGCGCCGAGGGGGGGGUGAGCCGCGAGGGCGGGCUGGGCGAGGCUCUGUUCAGACUGACGGGCCGGCCGGCGUGCCGCGCCUCCCUCCUCAUCGCCGUGGUGAUGAUGAUGGCGCUGCUGACGGGCAUCAUCGUCUUCCUGCUGGCCUUCCCAGGCGCGUGAGUGACAUCACUUCCUGUCCCGCGCUCCUUUUCUUGUGAUGUUCCCGUGGCGGAGGUCAAACGUCUGCACCGUGGCGAGGAUCCAGAUGUGCGGAGGGCUUUUCUGGUGGUUGCCACGGCAACUUUAAUCUCACAUUGUUUUAAUUUCUCGACUGACGAUGAUGUAAAAGAAGACGGUCUCUGGUGGGGGGGGGGAAGCUGUGCUGCAGCAUCCAUGUUGCUUUUAUUAAUCUGCACUUUACUGCGUGACGCAGAUGAAACGUUGAACGCUUUCAGACGUCCAGAAGGUUGAAUAUUUCCUCACAUGAAACUCGUCCUAAAGACGCGUCUCAGUUUCUUCUCACUUUGUAUUUAACGUCCUCCAUAAUGUUCGUGUGGAGGCAGAAAUCUGAUCAUUUAAUCACCUGGACGUUUUUCAGAAGCAGGACGUGUUUUUAUCUGAUCACAAAGGAACUUUCCCCCAAAAGCACCAGAGACUUUGUGUU